AAGGGGGUGGGAAAAGUGCCUCGUAGGAAUUAUUAUUUUUUUAUGAGUAUAGAACUCAUACUACCCGUUAUCGUUAUCACGUUGAUAUGAUAACACAGCUGUCCGAGGCCCCGAGUCGAGCCUUGUCCGCGCCCAGUUGGUAGUGAGUGCGCGUAGCUGAUUGAUUGGAUUUCUACGUUCGGGAGAGCUCAGCCUUAAUGUGUGCAUUGUUGCAUUGUUGUGCUUAGUACUGAUUGCGUUUCUAAGCACCUAAAAGUAUGGCUCAAAGAACGCCCAAACACUUCCAGGUGAGAUGGUGGUUGGUUCGGUUGUGGCUCGGUCUAAUGAUGCCGGUAAUUGUGUACGCGUCCGAUGAGCCGUUGCAAACGGCAAAAGUGUGUCAGUAUAUGCAGUGCAAUGUUAAUGAGAACGAUGGCGCGCAAUUGCGGCUACGGUUUAAUCACACCAUGUGGAAACAAUACAGCGGAUCGUUAAAUCAAGAGUUCGACUUCACCAGCUGGAGCUGGUCCGAGCUUGAUAGUGUGGCGGAAGCGAAUCCCACGCUGGAGGUCACUUUCAAUGGACUGGAAGUGCCGCACGUCGAUAUUCUGCAGGGGCAUGACGGCGUGGUAAUCUUGAAUCUGGACGAAAAUAAAAUAACUGUGGUGGAGGCAGAAGCGUUUGUCAAUUUCAAAAUGUUGACCGUGCUGUCAUUACGCAGAAACAUGAUAACAGCGGUGAAUGAGUUAUUUUACGUGCCCAACAAACUCCAACGGUUGGAUUUAUCGAACAACUGGAUCAGCGAAAUCAAUGGCUUCAAAUCAUUCACCUGGGUUGAGCUAAGGCAUCUCAACCUUUCGCACAAUCGCAUCGAGUCGCUGCGCACCGAGCUGUCCAAGCUGGAUGCACUGGACACACUGGACUUGUCUCACAACUCCAUCAAGAAAGUUGACAGCAAACCUAUCAUACUGUCCCGAUCGCUGCGCAGGUUACUUCUCGAUCACAACAAGUUAACCGCGUGGCCGUUCGAUUCGCUACCGGAUACGUUGGAUGAGCUUUCCUUAAGCUUCAAUGAGCUCGAAACGACCAAAGAGGGCCACCAUGUACGGCAUCUGGAUCUAUCGAGCAAUCGAUUGACGAGCUUUUGUGGACACUGUUACCCAGCGCUCGAGGAGUUAGACUUGUCGGGCAACUAUUUCGACACCAUACCUAAGCUGAGCAAUGCAACAGGCAACAGCAUCAGGAAGGUUUCCUUCAACCGAAUGCCAAACUUACAGUCCAUGGAGAAGACUGCUUUCGAAGGAGCAGCAAAUCUGCAAGAGAUUGAAAUUUCCUUUUGUCCUCGACUUUCUUAUAUUGAGCCACACGCGUUCACUGAUCUUAAACAAUUGAAAAGGCUUGAUCUCAGUUACAACGCACUACAGCAGGUGCCGGAAGAUAUGGUCCACUGGAAGCAGAUCACCCAAGGUGUCGAUCUGCAGGGUAAUCCGUUCAACUGCAACUGCUCGAUGCAGUGGUUCGUGAGCAAAGUCAUCCCGGCGAUGCAUUCCAAUCGCGAGCUACACAAACUGUUCCCCAAGCUGCGCUGCGCUGAGCCGCCCAUGUACAAAGACUAUCUAUUGGUUUAUCUAACCGUGCACGACAAUUUACUUUGCCGCAAGUAUCGCGAAAUGGAUCUGCCCGGCAUGGAGCAGGUGGUACAGUUGAUGCGAGAACAUCGACAGAUGCAGAUGGUGAGGGCACAGAAAAUUAUACUUGCCUGCCUGAUUGUCGGCAUCAUUGCGAUGAGUCUCUACUUGGCGUACCUUAAGCUCAAUCGGCCUCGGUACCGGGUAAGACCGAUCUACUACCACUUUACGUCGUAAACAAUACAAUUUUACCGAAACUAAUACACGAAGCACUUCUCUUCUUCUUCUUUGGCACAACAACCGCUGUCGGUCAAGGCCUGCCUGUACCCACUAGUGAAGUGAGCUUGGC